GGAAACUUCACUCACUGUGUUUGUCAAGGGACGAAUAACAAGCUGACCCAACUGGGACAUGUGGAAGACCAUUUCACCAGCCUGCAGAGGAUGUACAACAACUGCGAGGUGGUACUCAGCAACCUGGAGAUUACAUAUGUGGAGCACAAUCGUGACCUCUCUUUCUUGAAGACAAUACAGGAGGUUGCAGGAUAUGUGCUCAUUGCACUUAACAUGGUGGAUGUCAUUCCCCUAGAAAAUCUCCAGAUCAUCCGAGGCAAUGUGCUAUAUGACAACUCCUAUGCCCUGGCAGUUUUAUCCAAUUACCACAUGAAUAAAACCCAGGGACUCCGAGAGCUGCCAAUGAAACGGCUGUCAGAAAUUCUAAAUGGAGGUGUUAAAAUCAGCAACAACCCCAAACUGUGCAACAUGGACACUGUUCUCUGGAAUGACAUCAUUGACACAAACAAGAAACCUCUCACAGUGCUUGAAUUUUCAAGCAACUUGUCAUCGUGUCCCAAAUGCCACCCGAACUGCACAGAAGACCACUGCUGGGGCCCUGGCGAACAGAACUGCCAGACUUUAACAAAAGUCAUCUGUGCCCAGCAGUGCUCUGGCCGGUGCAGGGGAAAGGUGCCCAGUGACUGCUGCCACAACCAAUGUGCUGCGGGCUGUACGGGGCCCCGGGAGAGCGACUGCCUGGCAUGUCGCAAGUUUCGGGAUGAUGCUACUUGCAAGGACACUUGUCCUCCCUUGGUCCUGUAUAACCCCACCACCUAUCAGAUGGAUGUCAACCCCGAUGGAAAAUACAGCUUUGGAGCCACUUGUGUGAGGGAGUGUCCACACAACUACGUGGUGACAGACCAUGGCUCCUGCGUUCGCUCAUGCAAUACUGAUACUUAUGAAGUUGAAGAAAACGGUGUUCGGAAGUGUAAAAAGUGUGAUGGGCUGUGCAGCAAAGUGUGCAACGGCAUUGGAAUAGGUGAACUUAAAGGGAUCCUCUCCAUAAAUGCCACAAACAUUGACUCCUUCAAAAACUGUACAAAAAUCAAUGGGGACGUUAGCAUUCUCCCAGUUGCCUUUCUAGGUGAUGCCUUCACGAAGACCCUACCCUUGGACCCCAAGAAGUUGGAUGUCUUCAAAACAGUCAAAGAAAUAUCAGGAUUUUUGUUGAUUCAGGCCUGGCCUGAAAAUGCUACUGACCUAUAUGCUUUUGAAAAUCUGGAGAUUAUACGAGGCAGAACCAAGCAACAUGGCCAGUAUUCCCUUGCUGUUGUUAGCUUGAAAAUACAGUCCUUAGGGCUGCGCUCUCUCAAGGAAAUAAGUGACGGAGAUGUUGCCAUUAUGAAGAACAAGAACCUCUGCUAUGCUGACACCAUGGACUGGCACAGCCUGUUUGCAACUCAGAGCCAGAAAACAAAGAUUAUACAGAACAGAAAUAAAAAUGAGUGUGCUGCUGCCAGGCAUGUUUGUGACCCCCUGUGCUCGGAUGUAGGCUGCUGGGGCCCAGGACCCUUCCACUGCUUCUCCUGCAGGUUUUUUGACCGCCAGAAAGAGUGUGUGAAACAGUGCAACAUCCUGCAAGGGGAGCCGAGAGAGUUUGAAAGGGACUCCAAGUGCCUGCCCUGCCACCCCGAGUGCCUGGUGCAAAACUCCACUGCGUACAAUGCAACCUGCACUGGACCUGGCCCCGACAACUGCAUGAAAUGUGCCCAUUUUAUAGACGGCCCCCACUGCGUGAAGUCCUGCCCAGCGGGCGUUCUGGGUGAGAACGACACCCUGGUCUGGAAAUAUGCUGAUGCCAAUGCUGUUUGCCAGCUCUGCCAUCCAAACUGUACCAGGGGGUGCAAAGGACCAGGUCUUGAAGGCUGUCCAAAUGGCUCCAAAAUCCCCUCUAUCGCAGCAGGCGUGGUUGGAGGUCUCCUUUGCCUGGUGGUGGUUGGCUUGGGCAUCGGCCUUUACUUGCGGAGGCGCCACAUUGUCCGGAAGCGCACCCUGCGCCGGCUGCUGCAGGAGCGGGAGCUUGUCGAACCACUGACACCCAGCGGGGAGGCACCAAACCAGGCUCAUCUGAGAAUUUUAAAGGAAACAGAAUUUAAAAAGGUUAAAGUUUUAGGCUCUGGAGCUUUUGGCACUGUUUACAAGGGACUUUGGAUCCCAGAAGGGGAGAAGGUUAAAAUUCCUGUUGCUAUUAAAGAGUUGAGAGAGGCUACAUCACCAAAAGCCAACAAGGAAAUACUUGAUGAAGCUUAUGUGAUGGCCAGUGUAGACAAUCCUCAUGUGUGCCGCUUGCUGGGGAUCUGCCUGACUUCUACUGUUCAGCUGAUCACACAGCUGAUGCCUUAUGGCUGCCUCCUUGAUUACAUCCGAGAGCACAAGGACAACAUUGGUUCCCAGUACCUUCUCAACUGGUGUGUGCAGAUAGCAAAGGGAAUGAACUAUCUGGAGGAGCGUCGCCUGGUGCACCGGGACCUUGCUGCCAGGAAUGUCCUCGUUAAAACUCCUCAACACGUGAAAAUCACGGACUUUGGGCUGGCAAAGCUGCUUGGUGCUGACGAGAAGGAGUAUCAUGCUGAAGGAGGCAAGGUUCCUAUUAAAUGGAUGGCCUUGGAGUCAAUUUUACACCGGAUUUACACUCACCAAAGUGACGUCUGGAGUUAUGGCGUGACAGUGUGGGAGCUGAUGACAUUUGGGUCGAAGCCUUAUGAAGGGAUUCCUGCCAGUGAAAUCUCCUCUGUCUUGGAGAAGGGCGAGCGUUUGCCCCAGCCCCCCAUCUGUACCAUCGAUGUCUACAUGAUCAUGGUCAAAUGCUGGAUGAUUGAUGCGGACAGCCGUCCCAAGUUCCGUGAACUGAUAGCAGAGUUCUCAAAAAUGGCCCGUGACCCCCCACGCUAUCUCGUUAUACAGGGAGAUGACAGGAUGCACCUUCCCAGUCCUACGGAUUCCAAGUUUUAUCGCACCCUGAUGGAAGAGGAGGACAUGGAAGACAUAGUGGAUGCGGAUGAGUAUCUCGUGCCACACCAAGGCUUCUUCAACAGCCCCUCAACAUCUCGCACUCCUCUCCUGAGUUCAUUGAGUGCUACUAGCAACAACUCUGCUACAACCUGCAUUGACAGGAACGGGCAGGGGCACCCUGUAAGGGAAGACAGCUUCGUCCAGAGGUAUAGCUCAGACCCAACGGGUGCUUUCUUGGAGGACAGCAUAGACGAUGGCUUCUUGCCAGCCCCAGAGUACGUAAACCAGCUGGUGCCCAAGAAAACAUCUGCCUCAGCGGUCCAGAAUCCAAUCUACAACAACUUCUCGCUGACAGCAAACUCAAAGGUCCCCACAGACUCCAGCUACCAGAAUUCACACAGCACAGCUGUGGACAAUCCUGAGUAUCUCAACACCAACCAGUCCCCACUGGCUAAAACAGUCUUCGAGAGUUCUCCGUACUGGAUCCAGGCGGGCAACCACCAAAUAAAUCUGGACAAUCCUGACUAUCAGCAGGACUUCUUACCAAAGGAAACCAAACCUAAUGGUCUCUUGAAAGUUCCCGCAGCUGAAAACCCAGAGUACUUGAGGGUAGCAGCACCAAAAAGCGAAUACAUUGAAGCUUCAGCAUGACCAUAGGGAAUUUCUUCUUGCAGCAAGGCAAGCCAGACUGGGUGAGCCACCUGGCUGCUUCAAGAACAGACUCUGGCUCAGAGGAAAUGGUGACUGCAAUGCAUCAGUAAGCACACCUUUCUUUUUCAGCAUGGAGGCUGAAACUGCAAAGCCUAUCUGAUGGUAGUUUGAGUCUUUUCUUGCCCAGUUCCAUGUAAUUACUGAGGCCCAUAGCCUGCACUCGGAUGCACGUUGAGAUGGAGGGGGAUCUUCCUGGACAGAAAUAAAAAAGAUGCAUUCCUUUAAUUUUUAAAUGAUAACAUGGUAAGAAGCCACUCUGGGAUGAAUUUAAGAACUGUACUCAAUGUACAGUCAAGAUCCUUUCUAAGUCUUUAUUUUUAUAAGUGCUUCUAACAGAAUUUUUGGAUCUUUUACAAGAUGAGAUGCUUGUACUGCUGGUCUGCUAUGUGGUACUCAGAUCACCAGCAAGAAAAUAAAAAAAAACAACAUUACUCAGUGGUUUUCCAAAACUCCUGGUACAGAAACAGUUUUUCUAAACCAUCGGAUUUUUACAAAUUGGCUCCAUAUACUGCUUGGCAUGAAGAGGAGCAGUGCAUCUGAGGGACGUAUGGGAAAUUCUGCCCUGGGCAGUAUGGAGUGGAUCACUCCAGGAAAAACUAGCACAAAAAGCAAAAUGGCACAAUACAUCACCUACUGACCACUACUGUUAAAAGCUGACAGGAGGAACUCACCUCAAAAGUCAUGGUUAUAAAGUGCUCUCUAGUCUGUUUUCUGAUGGUCAAACACAAGACUUGUUUUUUCUGAUCACUUAUGUAGUUGUCAAAUUGCCAAAAUGCCUUUCUUCUUCGACAAAACUGUUAAAGAUGUUGCUGUAACUGAAAAAUGAAGUGUCAAAUAAUGUUUAACAGACUUUAAUUAAAUGUCAAGGAAAUGCAAAUUGUGGCAAUUCGGAGCAUUCACGAGACAGUCUGGAAGAAAUAUAGUGAAUUAAAUCUUCUAGGGCAAGAAAUACAGGUAGCUGUAGCCAAGCAGUUUUAUUUCCUUUCUUAAAUGGGAUCAGAGCAUGAGUAACCCAGUAUAAAAUGUGUUGGCAGCUUGUGUGUGUGCAUUAGCUUACUAGGCUCACUGCAGUCAGGAGCAAAGCCAUAUAUUGGGUCAAAAUCUAGAGAUUGUCCUGUUUGGUACAUGCUUGUCACUGUGACCAAGUCUCAGGCACAGCAGUAUGGAGAAUGCUGUUUGACUUUGAUUAUUACUGGCUUGUCUUUAAAAUGCUAACAAAAAAUCAGUUCCUACGUCCAACUAGAGGCAGAUUUUGCCUUGCAUUCCUGAGAGAAGAUUUGUUGUGUUGCUCUCACAAGCACAAAACAUGUAUGCACAGGCUGUGCAACUUUUCUCCACCUAUCACCCUGGGGGGACUGUACAUGAAACCAAAAAAAUGUAUUGGCAGAAAUCACAGAUACUUUUCAAUUUGCUAAAUCAAUUUGCUAUGUCUCCCAGCAGAACUACUAGAAAAUCACAUAGUUCAUGUUCUCCUGCAGAAUCUUUACAACACUAUUACAAAAAGGAUUUAACUGAUGUUUUGUGUUAGAUAAAAUGAGAGAGCCACUAAGAAGUAGCAAUAUGUAUUACCAGCAUUAUGUAGCAUGAAUAUUAUUUGAUAGAGGUUAAUGUGCUUGUCCUUUUAAAAUAAUUUAGGAGGGAUUCAGUUGCAACUAGUUGCUAUAAACAAGGACAUUUCUUCUAAGCAUUGAGCAGUAUAAUUUUGAAAAAGCAUCCCUUUUUUCAGUGUGUUUGUUUUUAAAAGAAAAAUAGGGAAGAGGAUGCAGGACCAUGAACUCUCGAUACAAAUGUACAGACUCCUAAUUGGUGGAAUCAGCUAUAUUGCCAAGUAGUUUUGGUAAGCAGGCAUCCUGUAAGCCAUUAUUUGUAAAUCAGCAGCUCAGUAAUGAUUGUAAAGCCAGCAAACAGUAAAACCUGGGCAGUGUGCUGUAGUCUAUGGGCUGUGUCUGCAGGGCAGAUAUGAUGGCAGUGGGAGAGGCUGGGACUGCGUAGCUGUGUCACUGUUGCUGGAGGCAUGGGUGCUACAUGGAGGGGUGCUCAUAGGGUAACAGAUAUUAGCAGUGUACCAAAUAAUUUCCAGCAAGCUGGAAAAAAAACAGAUACAAAUCAAUAAGCAGUAGAAAUGGUCUGGUUUUCCCACCACAGCUCCCUGACCAUGUAGCAGCAAGGAGGCCUGUGCCAUAAAGGCAAACACAGGCAGCAUAAAGCAUCAUCCAAAAAUAAUUUGCAAGUUCUGCCCUUGUCUCUCAGGAGCCGUGGGUAGAAAAUGCUGGUUUUUUGAAGUGCGACUAAAUAGGGAAAUACAGAAAGCAACAGACACUUUUGAAAACUAACAAUAUUACUUAUCAAGAAAAUUUAAAUUUCCAUUUUUUCUGUAUUUCUCAUAGAAGGCAAAAUAAAACCACUCACAAGUUAGUGCUUAGUGUCUCUGAAACAUAAAGCAGUAAUUAUUAUGGAACUGCUUUUGCAAUAAUAAUUUAACACUUUUCAUUACUGCUAAGUGUAUGAAAAUGUAAAUUAAGUCAAAAGUAUGCAUCUUACUUUGAUGUUUUCCAGUGAGCUAUGUAUAGUGUCAGUGCACUUGACUUCAUCUGGGCCUUGAGUUGUUCUCCAGCACGGCAAGUUCGCUUGGGAAACUUCCUUCAUGUUGCAAUUGGUCUUGUUGAGUAAAUUCAUCUGAGAAUCCAGGCACUUGCUUUUGUUUCCAGCUGGCAGGCAGAAAUGCAGUGACUUUUCUGGAGAGAGAAGCUGAAAUUAGAUGGUAGUUUCUGAGACACUUCAAGGUGAUGCCCUGUCCCACCACUGCCACCAACAAAUGGUCACAUGAAGGCCCCAGCAUUAGAAAAUAUGGUCCCAUGGUUCAUUUGAAAGGAAAGGGCUUGUGUAGAGAGUGUAAUGCCAGGGAAGGGGCACAGCCAGCCCAUCCAGCUGUCAAAUUUGCCCAGGGGCACCACUGAUCCCAUUGACCAUUUGCACAGGUUCACAUGGUGCCUGUCCCUGCUGACAGCUUGAAGCAAAACCCUCUUGCAGAGAUCGUUUGUGCAAAAACCAGUAUAAGCAGCAGCAAUAAUACUAUGGGCUGAAUCUCUUCUCUUGCCCAGGAGAUUCAGUAAGGGCUACAACAAUGUCACAGCUCAAAGAGAUCCCAUCACAAGGUGCCUGGAAUGUCCCUCAGUCUGUCCGGGAGUGCUCCAGGGUUCCAAGGAGAAACUUUGCAUUUCCAGACAAACACUCAUUUUUCAGACUCAGAGUGCAACAUCUUAUGCUAGUAUUACUGCUGCCUCUCCAAAUGAGCAGUUAUGGUACUCUGGCUUUUGUUUCCUUCCACAUUUCUCUGUGAGAAAACAUCUGAAUCAGGAUAAAGUAUGAAAAUAUACCUAUGUCCCCCUUCCUGAUGCAAACUGUAUACUUAUGAAAUGUCAAACUCUGUUAGAACACUUAGCAAGAAUGCUUUGUAAUGUUUUAUCACCACUGAUUGAAAUUUUUGUAUUGGGAUCCCGUUUUCUAGCUUUCUUUUUGUAGCUGUUAGCUCUUUGUUCUGAUAUUCAACUUUUAAAAGAGCCUUUUUAGAAUAAUAAAAAAAUAAUAGAAAAAAAUUAUACAAAAGAAAGACAUGACACUUUCAAGUAGCUUGUCAAAUAGGCUGCAUUAGGACCAAAGAUGUAAUGUGUUGUUUUCUUGCUUUAAAGGAAUAGGGUAUUGAUCACCACUUCCACAGCCUCUCAUUACAGGGAAAAGCUACAGUUCUCCAUUCUUCAUUGGGGUUGGGCCAGACUUCCACAGAGCCAAGAAGGCUUGAACGGAGGGUGAGGCUUCUCCGUAGAAAACCAAACCAAAUAUUAGCACCAGGUAUCAGUUCAGGGCCAGACCUACAACCUCUACUCCAUUUCAGUUCCUUUUCUGCUCAUCACAAUAGCUAAACAGUGACAGUGUCAAGGAAAAAAAAAAAAAA